CUAAUGUUUUGAUAAUAAUAAGAAAUUAAAAAAGCAUCAUGUUGGGAUAUAUUUGACAUAUCCAGAUGUCUUCAGCUGCUCCCGAGCUCCGCCAGGGGGGCGGGGCUACUCCUUGUGUUUAUCCAAUAGGAAAGCAUCUAUUUGUAUAACCAUGGUUACGGGGUUCGUGGCAUUAUGGUCUGGACAUGGCAGCCUGCGGGGGAGGCGUGGACGUCAACAGGCGCGGUGCGGAUCUCAUGGACCUGCGGACACUUUUUGGACAUUUUUUUUGGACAUUGUGUGUAAACAUAUUAAGCCGACGCCGCCCCGCUCGCCAUAGCCACCUCCGCCAUCAUGCCCGGGGAGGAUAAACCACCAACGCAACAGACCCGCCAGAGGAAAAAGAACAAAAAGUCUCGCUCCAAGGCGAAGAGCCCGAGCGUGAGUCCCAACGCCGCCGCCGCCCAAGAUGACCUCUUCCUGUCCGGCCUCCAGCCUCCUGGGAAGCCGACGGCGGAGAAGCCGAAAGCGUCCGUGGUCAAAUUGGAGGAGGAGUCUUCCGUCGCCAUCUGCCUUCAGGUGCUGUUCCCCUACCUGCUGGCCGGCAUGGGCAUGGUGAUGGCCGGCAUGGUGCUGGACAACGUACAGCACUGGAAGGUGUUCAAGGUGAUAACAGAGUUGUUCAUCCUGGUGCCGGCGCUGGUCGGACUCAAAGGAAACCUGGAGAUGACCCUGGCUGCUCGCCUCUCCACCGCGGCCAACACGGGGCAGCUGGACGACCCCGGGGCCCAGUGGACCAUGGUGUGCAGCAACCUGGCGCUCAUACAGGUCCAGGCGACGGUGGUGGGUUUCCUGGCGGCCGUGGCGGCCGUGUUGCUGGGCUCGUUCUCCCGGGGCGGCGUGGAGCUGGACCAGGCCGCCGUGCUCUGCGCCAGCAGCAUCACCACAGCCUUCUUCGCCGCGCUCUCCUUGGGCCUGGUGAUGAUCGGCGUGAUCCUCGGCUCCAGGAAGGUGGGCAUCAACCCGGAUAACGUGGCCACGCCCAUCGCGGCCAGCCUGGGCGAUCUGAUCACGCUGUCCCUGCUGGCCGGGGUCAGCAGCACACUCUACGAGUACAUCGACGUGUGGUACCUGUCCCCCCUGGUGUGCCUGGGCUUCCUGGCUCUGAUCCCGCUCUGGGUUCUGGUGGCCCGGCGGAGUCCUCAGAUCCGGGAGGUUCUCCGCUCGGGGUGGCAGCCCGUGAUCGUGGCCAUGUCCAUCAGCAGUUUCGGAGGACUGAUCCUGGACCGGACGGUGAGCGAUCCGAACUUCAAGGGCAUGGCGGUGUUCACGCCCGUCAUCAACGGAGUGGGCGGUAACCUGGUGGCCAUCCAGGCCAGCCGCGUCUCCACCUACCUCCACUUCUGGAGCCUCCCGGGGGUUCUGCCCUACAAGAUGAGGCAGCACUGGCCCAACCCCUACGCCAGCUUCUUCUCCUCAGGGCUGAACUCCAAGUCUGCGCGGGUCCUCCUGAUGCUGGUGGUCCCGGGUCAGCUGCUCUUCCUCUACGCCAUCUCUCUGCUGCAGGGCGACGAGGCGCCCGUCAGCGCCGCCUUCGCCCUCUGCUACCUAUGUGCCGCCCUGCUGCAGGUGACCAUCCUCCUCUACUGUGCUGACCUCAUCAUCCGUAUGAUGUGGAGGCGGAGCCUGGACCCCGACAACUUCUCCAUCCCCUACCUGACCGCCCUGGGGGACCUGCUGGGCACCGGGUUCCUGGCCCUCUGCUUCCGCGGCACCCCGCUGGUCCAGAGCCUGGGUCUCUGAAGGUCUCUGAAGGUCCCUGGAGGUCUCUGAAGGUCCCUGGAGGUCUCUGAAGGUUCCUGGGUCUCUGAAGGUUCCUGGGUCUCUGAAGGUCUCUGAAGGUCCCUGGAGGUCUCUGAAGGUCCCUGGAGGUCUCUGAAGGUCCCUGGGUCUCUGAAGGUCCCUGGGUCUCUGAAGGUCCCUGGAGGUCUCUGAAGGUUCCUGGGUCUCUGAAGGUCCCUGCAGGUCUCUGAAGGUCUCUCGGUCUCUGAAGGUCCCUGGAGGUCUCUGAAGGUCCCUGGGUCUCUGAAGGUCCCUGGAGGUCUCUGAAGGUCUCUCGGUCUCUGAAGGUCCCUGGAGGUCUCUGAAGGUCCCUGGAGGUCUCUGAAGGUCUCUCGGUCUCUGAAGGUCCCUGGAGGUCUCUGAAGGUCCCUGGGUCUCUGAAGGUCCCUGGAGGUCUCUGAAGGUCUCUCGGUCUCUGAAGGUCCCUGGAGGUCUCUGAAGGUCUCUCCGUCUCUGAAGGUCCCUGGAGGUCUCUGAAGGUCUCUCGGUCUCUGAAGGUCCCUGGAGGUCUCUGAAGGUCUCUCGGUCUCUGAAGGUCUCUCCGUCUCUGAAGGUCUCUCGGUCUCUGGGUCUCUGAAGGUCCCCCUAUCAACCCCCCUGAACUCCUAGCCGAACACUUCUCUCGUUGUGUUCCAUUCACCCGGAGACGCUUUUAAUUGGACAAUAAAGAAGUCCUGAUGGUCAUCACCGGCGGCGGCGGCGAGGGCGACGCCCACUCAUUCUAUUGGCCGAAGGAACUCACGCCUCUUUUAUUUGAGGGCAAAGGGACUCGAAGCCAGUAGAAGUUCUCUGUCCGUCAAUAAAUGGAACUUUUUUUUUUUAUCAUUCCUCCUUUAAACGUGAGUCCGGCGUCUCACCGCGGCGCCACCUCGUCUUCAUCGGAGGAAUAUUUAGCGGCUUCACGCCGUCGCGGGAAAACCCAAACAACUGGUCGGAUCCACUCAAAGUCCAGAGCGCCUCCCACUCACGAUGCUAAGCUACGUUAGCAUCUUGUACGUUAGCGCGUGCGCUGGCGUCGACCUUUUCAUCCGCGUCUCACCGUCUUUGCCAGAUGUGGAUUUUUCCCCUCUGGGAUCGUGUUCAUGUGCGAUGUUUCAUCAGCAAAGCAAAUGCGUUUCAGAAAACUGAUUAAAAAAGAAUCAUACUAAUAA